CAACAUAGAGCAAGGGAAAAUAUAGAAGUGGUUGUGGUUGGAGGAUGUGAUGACAUCACAGGGUUCAGCGGGAACAUGGGGCUUUUAAAACGCUGAAAGGAACAUCCUGACAGUCAGUUGUCACAUCCCCGUAAAGGAGUCAAACACACGUUAGCUAUUAAAAAGCCACUCUAUCUUCAUCAAAGAAAAACCACGACUCCGUCCUGACGCAGAAUAUGCACUGGCAAAAAUCUUCUGCUCCAGAACAGCAGCCGCAGCCUCGCCCCUAUCAAGGUGUCCGAGUCAAAGAGCCAGUGAAGGAGCUAUUGAAAAGGAAACGGGGAACUGUUCAUAAUGCCGGUGCGACGGCGGCUACAACGGUUGUCUUGCCUCAUCAGCCCCAUCCUUCCUAUUCACCAAUGGGCCAGCCUUGUGCUGACAUGGAUGUUGCUGCCCCUGCACUGCCUGUCACAGACGAAGGAGCACUCUGCUCGGGUUGGAUCUCUCAGCCCUCUCCUACAUCCUUACAGCCUUUAACUCAGUGGACCACUUACCCCGAGUAUGUGUCCCACGAAGCGGUCAGCUGUCCGUACACAGCCGAUAUGUACGUCCAGCCGAUGUGCCCCAGUUACACCCUGGUUGGACCUUCAUCUGUUCUGACCUAUACUUCUCAACCGCUGAUCACCAAUUUUGCACCCCGAAGCACCACCCCUGCCGUAGUGCCUCAGCUCGAGGUGGCGGAUCAGCAGCCGCCUCUCACAUACUUCCCGUGGGCACAGCCCCUCUCUGCGCUGCCAGCCUCCACCCUGCAGUACCAACCAGCUUCUUCCACGCUUCCCGGGCCGCAGUUUGUGCCCUUGCCGAUCUCCAUUCCUGAGCCAGCCCCCCAGGAGCUGGAGGAUGCCAGGCGAGUCAUCGGCACGAUGCCCAUUGAGAAGCUGCUCCUAGAAGACGAAGACAGUGAUACAAUUCUACAUAUUUAUGCAGCUAAAGGUAUGAGGGCGUAUGCAUUGGCAGCUGCAGAGCGCAUGAAACUGCUGCGAAGACUUGAUGCCAAGGAACACAGAGGAAAGACUCCUCUGCUGGUGGCUGUCACGGCCAGGCAGCCAGCUAUUGUCUAUGAUUUGAUCCAGACAGGAGCAGAUGUCAACGCUGUAGACAACAAAGGGCAGUCGGCCUUGCAUCUCGCUGCGACAUACGGGUAUGCCCAAGUCCUUCAGGUUAUACUAUCACUAGGUUUCCCUCUUGAUCUAGAAAUGAAGGAUUUUGAAGGCCAUACCCCGCUCCACUGUGCUGUUCUGUCCCACAACGCCCUGAUCCGGGAGCACGGCUGCCAGAUGGUGACGGAGGAGAAGCAGAAAGAUCUUCAACACCAGAGAGAAGAGCUGGAGUCCUGUAUCCACCUCCUGGUGCAGACGGGAGCCUCUAUCUACAGCCGGGAUGUGAAAAGCAACAAGACCGUUCUUCAUUACACAGUCCAGGAUGGGAACAUCUCCCUGCUGAGAUACUUCUUGGAGCUGAAUGCUUUCAAGUCCAAGGACUUUGUCAACAACAAGGCGCAUGGAAACACAGCUUUGCAUAUGGCAGCUGCAUUGCCUCGUGACAAGAACCAGAAAGAAAUUGUUCAGUUACUCCUCGACCACGGGGCAGACCCGACCAUCCGAAACUUAGACAACGAUCAGCCGAUUCACAUGGCUCCUUCUGGAAAAGCUGGAGAUCAGGUCAGGCAUUUGCUGAAGAAAGGGAAAGUUGCGUCUGCAUUCAUCUCCUGUCGCCGAAAUGCCAGGUCCUAGGUCGCCUGCAGUUUCAACUUCAGCCUGCUGAGCGCACGAGGCUUCUUAGAAAAACUGUGAGGGUGGUUAACCGACACAUCCCUGCUCCUAGAAUCCUUAAACCAGGGUGGGAUGAUGGUGUUCCUCAACCUGUGGACCAUGAGUAGCAUGUAAGAUAUCAGCAGAUGAGCUUUCAAAUGGCUGAAAACUUAUUUUUCUUGACAAAGAAUAUGGAUAAACCGGAGGCCUUGCUUGCAAGCAAGGAGGCAAGCAAAGUCUUGGCUGCUACGUAGAUAGGCAAAUGUGUUAAGUAGAGCCAGGCUUUUGCUUGGUGGCAACUGAAACCCAUGGAAGUCAUGGAAAAUAAGAUGCUGUUAUUGGCUAUAGAAGGUUGAGAAACACUGAGACAUGCUCAAACUGUGCCUCUUGUUAGGUCCUGUACAAAGGCACUGGUGAAAAUGCUAAAGCCUUUGUGAUGUGCAACCACCUCCAUUGUUCCUGCUAGCCUGGGAAUGCAGGAGACCUGAGGGAAGGGAAAAGGCUGGAUGGAAGAUGUCAAGUCAGUCUGAGGAACCACCUGUGGCUGUAUUUCACCUGAGUGAAUGGAUACCCAAACUCGAGAGCUUCCAGCAAGGGUUCCAUUUCUUAACGCUUUGUGGAGGAAAGCCGAAGGAGCCAUCCAUUGCCGUAGUCUCUCAUCCCACCCCAGAAAAGAAAACCGAUGUUUCUAACACAAGUACAUGGGAGAGGUUCUCAGCAGCACGGGUCUGUGUGGCUCCUGAGUACUUCCCAGUGAACAGAUUCCUCUCUGAGCCAUCCGAGUCUCCAGUUUUGAUGGCAAACAGUAGUUUUGAAGCAUCUCAGAGUGGGGAGCUGGACCCUCACCCGAGCUAAUGCCUAUGUAGGAGACAGAGGCUUCCUUUGGGUCUCCAAGAGCUUCUAGGCUUGGACAGGGUAGAAAACCCUUGAGCCGCGUGGGGUUGAACGCAGCAGAGUCAGAGUGCAAUGUGGUGAGUGCUCUCCUACCCCAUUCUUAUCCAAGGGAGCGAUUUAAUGGAUUCUUCUUAUUGUUUCUGUGAAAUGAUUUGUGAAUUGCUGUGCAAUCAGCUGGCAACAGUGCCUCUGCCAGGUCAAUGGGAUUGAAGGUGGAUGCUUAGAGGGAGGGAAAGUCAUGUUUUGACAACCCUUUCACAGAGGGCGUCUCAUCUUCAGGACAUGUUCUGAAUUACAGUUUGCUGAUUUCUCAAUGUUGCACAAGGAAUUUUAGUCUCACGGGACUGAACAAUGAGAUGAAGGGCAGAUGUCUUAAAUCACUGCAGUAACUUCCUUGAUCGCCCAACGACUGACUCAAUGGGAUGGAGUUUUCUAAAGCUCUUGCCAGUCUCGCAAACCUGGACUGUUUAAACAACUCUUUAGCAGAUUGGAACAAAAGCUCUUAAGAAAUGCAGAGAUCUCGACUUUCUCAGCCCUCUCCGCUGUUUUGCUAUCGCUCCUCACUGCAUCAUACCUACAAACCUGCCAACAUCCGCUGACAAAAAAGCAGGCAUGUAUUUGCAUGUAUUUGCAUAAAUUUACAUGUAUCUGAGCAUAAGCCAGAAAAAGUAUGUGCUUUCUUACUUUGGAUGUCAUGCAAGCCCUGGAUUGAGCACUAACUGUGUUGGUGAGUUGGUCCUAUGUGUCAAGAGAAAAUAGUCAAUAAAAUAUCUAUUUUUUGGACUUGCUAGCAACAAAACUGUGCAACUGUGACCAGCGGGCGGUGCACGAGGGAGGAUGUAGAAAGCUUUUUGCCAUCCAGAAAUGUCUGUGAGAUAAGAGAAGUCCUUUGGCAGCAAGUGGAAAAAAAAAAACACGAGUGGUUUAUCUCUUCAUUGUUUCAUCUUCCUGCUGCAGGCGUUUAGCACAGAGCGAUUCCAUUGGUGACCUGUGGUCUAUAAACAUCUCCAUCCCCAGAACACCAGGGACAAUCCUGCCCUGGGAAGGGAUGGAUGUGGCUCCAUUCAAAGCAUCACUCUGGCACCUUGCGUUACGGCGCCGAUAGAUGAGAUUUGCAGCGGGAAGAUCCCGUGUUCAACCCAGGAAGGGUUCAUCCUCUCUUCAGCUUCCCAAAGCUCGUGCUUUAGAGGCCUUCUCUGAAGCCAACCACAGCCAACAAGCUGUUCCUGUUGUCUUUGACCUGGAUCCACCAGACAGUUGGAGGCUGCUGUUGGAGGCACCUUUCCCUUUCCCGCUGCCGCUUCAGGCUUUUGUACCAAUAAAAUCCCUUUUAAGGCUUAAAAGUGGCCUGAGCGUUGUCGCUUCUGUGCUGGACUGAAUAUCAAUGAUAUGAGCAGUAUCUUGGUGGCUCACGGUUAACCCCUCAAUUUUUUAUGACUGUUUGAGGGAAAAUAUAUCUUUUAUAACUUCAGCAGCACAGGCAGUGUGCGAUACCCCUCUAUUUGCGCAGUUUAUCUCUUCCUAAUCAUGGCUUUGGAUUAGUUGCUAAUAACAAAGCCUCACUAUCACCAAACAAAAGUUCUGGAGUGGCACCACAGCAAAGUUGCCAGUCAGUUGGCAAGGAAAACUUUUUGAUCAAAUACUCUGUGCAACUGUUAAAAGAGCCUGAAAAUAGAGACCUUUUAUUUUCUGUGUAACUGCAGGUUACUGCUGGAGUUAUGAAUGGCUUUUGUGAGAAUGGAGUGAUCCUUACUUUUGUGUAAACGCAUGUUUAUAGAGGCUGGCAGGACUUCUCUUGGGCUGGGCUGUGUUCCAGCAGUGUUUUCCAGCUCUGAUGGAGAGAUGACCCAAGGUUCUUUACUUUAAACCCCCCCUUUUUUUUUAAGGGGAGGUAGUAAAGGAGGGAAAUAAUAAUUCUCAUAGACAGAAAAUUAGCCUUUGAAUGCUCCUCUGUUGUGUUUUGUUUCUUUUCUUGUGUCAACAAGGCAUCGUUGUGUCAACAGUCAGCAAGCUCUUACCUGCCCUGCCUGUGUCACCUGGAGCUGUUGACAAGGAGCUGGGGAACAGUGUCUAAAGCAUGUUUGCAGUCCUCGGCAUGGGAGGUUGCAACACAACUGGAGAAAGAGCAGCAGAGAGCUGGGAAGAGGCUGCAGGGGAUGGAGGACAGCACUGCUUAUUAAUGGAAGCUGUCAGAGUCCAGAGACCCGGUGCAUGGAAACGUUGUGCUGAAAAUAGAAUCAUAGCAUAGUUUAGGUUGGAAGGGACCUUAAAGAUCAUCCAGUUCCAACCCCCCAGCGAUGCACAGGGACAUCCCACUGGAUCAGGCUGCCCAAGGCCCCAUCCAAUCUGGCCUUGAACCCCUCCAGGGAUGGGGCAGCCACCACUGCUCAGGGCAACCCGUUCCAGCCUUGAUGAACGUUGUUGAUACCUCGUUGUAUUGGGACAACACCCGCGUCCCAGCAGAGCAGUGAUUUCGGAGCAGCUGUUUCCAUGCAGUAUGAGGGCUGUUAGAUACCUACUGUCUCCAUCUCAGGAGCUCAGCCAUCGGUGAGCCUCAGAAGCUCAGUGGUGAGACCAGACCAAGAGAUAGCUUUCCCCACUGGUGAGGUCCCUUUUUGGCCUGGGUCAGGCAGUGUCCAAGAAGCAGGAGUAAGAACGGGAUGCAGGGUGGUUUGUAGCGCUCAUGCCCACACUGGCACCCCUAUGGGGUCGUGCCUAAACAGCAGCCGCAGGUACGAUGAUGGGUGCAACCUCUCCACUGCGUGCCACGGUCCCUGCAGAGCAGUUCUCUUUGGAGAAGCAGUGUAACCACUGCUCGUUGUACAGAUUAUCUGCUGAUAACAUAUCAGACUUCCACAUCCGCCUGAUGCAGAGGUGAGAGAGAUGUUGUCAGACCAUGACACUUGAUGUCAGUGCUGGCACUGUUAUGUAGACUGCGAUGUCAUCCGUCCCUUCUGGUUUGAGCUAAAGCAGAACCAAUUCUCUAACUUUUCAGCUCAGCCUUGUCUAAGUAACUUCAUUUUCUGAAAGUUAACCGCAUGUUUUUUAGGCAGCGUUUGUCUCUAGAAACAAUAAUACUUAAAAUUUUUAAUUAUCACCAAAGUAACGGGGCAUUGGUAUGCAGGAAGACGAUCAUUUAUAUUUAUCCCUGUGGAGACCAAGGCCGUAGUCAAGUUGGUGGAAUGCUGUAAGUGAAAGGGGUGGAAAAGGGUCGCACCUGCAGGGAGGAGCAGAUGGGACAGGUGACCCAAACCUGACCAACAGAAUAAUCCAUCCCAUUAAUGUCAUACUGGGAAUAAAGCUGAGGGAUCACAAGGAUCAAAUCCUCUUCUUCGACGGCUGGCAUCCAGUAAGAACUUCAUGUGUCUUUCUACCCCCGAUCCUGGAUCUGUGUGUUCCUGAAUCCAGUUCCCAAGACCAGUUCUGGACCUGUCUCCA